AUGGCGAAGUUAAAGAAGCAAGAUGAGGUGCGGUUGCUAGAGACGGCCAUUCGCAUGAGGAACGAGGAGCAGCGGCGGAAAGGGAUUGAGCUUGACGCCACCUGCCAAAUUUGCAUGAAAACAAAGUUCGCCGACGGAAUUGGUCAUGUGUGCAACUACUGCAAUGUCCGCUGUUGUGCCAGGUGCGGAGGGAAAGUCAGUUUGCGGUCGAACAAGGUGAUAUGGGUUUGCAUUUUGUGCCGUAAAAAACAAGAACUUCUCAUAAAGACUGGACAGUGGUUGCACAGCGGAAUGGCAGCUAAACAGAGAGAAAUGGAAGAGGAAGUCAUGUCUCCGAAAGUGGACAAGAGGCCGAAGUUGGAGCGAGCCCACAGCGAAGGCAAAGAAAAUGUUCAGCAGUUUCCGCGAACGAUGAGUCGAAGAGGUUCUCUUCAACAAAUACAUAGGACUAACAGCCAAAGAGAGCUUAGGAGACAGUUUUCGCAAGAAAGAGAAUCGGCAAAACAGGAAUCGCAUCCUGACACCUCCAGAUACUCCGACCGAAGUAGGCCAACGAAUGACAGAAGUCCCCCAGGGGACAUAAAACGUGUUCGCCCCGUCGAUGUGGCUCCUCGUGAUAACUUCUCUCGGUUGCGCGGUUGUGAGGACAUGGAAGGGAGGAGGCGAUAUGACGGAAUGUCGGACCCCAGUUUUGACCGCAGAAAAGACAAAUAUCCUCCUCCAGAUACGAUGGACCAUCAUAGACACUCGAAGGAUUACUCCGAGAGCCAAGAUGUGUCGUGGAGGGAAGGACACCAAAAAUCACGAGACAGUUUCCAAGGGGCUGAUAGGAGAAACUCUGGGAGGGACCAACCGUGGCUUAGCCAAGAAGAUGAUCGAAAAGGAAGAAGUGAGUCAUCUUGUAGACGAAUUAGCCAAGAAUCAUUGCGGGAACAUUCUGAAAGACAACAUCGAGACGUUCGGAUGCCUUCUGCGAGUGGCGAAGAGUGGAAAGACUCUUCGAGGAAAAGAGACUAUGAUAUUCAUAGCUCUGGAGAUGACCCGCGAAUGAGAUUAUUGCCUGUCAGAAGUGGAGAUGAUCGGAGAAACCAUCUAGACCCGGGUUAUGUUUCCGAUAGUAGGGGUAGAGGUCACAAUAAUAGGAAAAAAAUCGAAUCUGUGGUAAGGAACGAUUCCUUAAGUUCAGACCAAUCCGAAAGUGUUCGACCACCACCUCCAAAGCCUCAUAAAAACAAAAGAGGUAGAAAGUUAAGGCAGAGAUCUUUAAGUAGCUCGGACGAUGAAAUUAGGUCGACGCCUGAGUGCUCAAGUUGUGAAGAAAGGGAUGCUGAAAGUGAAAGUAUUAGUGAAAAAGGAGAGCUGGAAGUGAUAGGAGCACAAUGGAAGAAAGAAGAUAUCUUAGAUGCCAAAAUUAAAAAGUUCCUUGCACAUCCUGUAUCUUGGCGGCCUUCCAAAGAUGGUCAGAGGCUAAUAGGACACAUGAUCUUGAAAAAACCUUUCAAGGAAGGUAUGGAAGCUUCUUCAGGUGCUGCCAUGCUAGGUCUUAAAGUAACGGGAGGAAAAGUUCAAGAAAACGGCCAAACAGUAGCCGUAGUGGACAAAGUGGUUAGAGGUAGCAUUGCAGAUACUGUUGGCCAAAUAAAAACAGGUGAUGAAAUCUUAGAAUGGAAUGGCAGGUUACUACAAAACAAAUCCUACGAAGAAGUUUACGAUAUUGUUGCUGAAUCAAGGCAAGAUACGCAAGUUGAACUUAUCGUAACACGACUAUUAAGAAACGACCGGGACCAGCCAUUAAGGCGGCAUACACACAUAGGAACACCUUCAACAAUGCCAGAUAGAGAAUGGCGUCUUUCUUUGGAUACGAGAAAGCAGAUGAGCCUUCAAGAAGAUAGAAGGCCUAGUGUCUUGGUAACGUCUCCAAAUUCUCCAGAUAAGGUACUACUAAGGCCUCACCAUGCUUCCGUUGGAGGAAGGAUUCAGGUAAGAAAACUAGAGGUGAAGCUAUGGUACGACGCCCGAUCUCUGCAGCUAGUAGUAAACAUAAUAAAAGCAGUCGGUUUACCUCCUGGGCCCAAUAACCAAAGGAGAAAUCCAUAUGUAAAAAUAUUUUUACUGCCAGACCGUAGUGAGAAGAGCAAACGACGCACCAAAACCAUUGCAAAUACUAAUGAGCCCAAAUGGAACCAAACAUUUGUAUAUUCACCGCUUCGAAGAUCGGACUUACAAACUCGAACGCUGGAAAUCAUAUGCUGGGAUUACGACAGAUAUGAUUCCAACGACUUUCUCGGAGAGGUUUUAAUUGAUUUAUCAACUGCACGGAUGGAUAACGAAAGUGAAUGGUACAUUAUGACCACCCGAGAAGAAAGUUUGGCAGCACAAUUGCAACGAAACAGCAUGUUUUUGGAUGCCGAACUGUCCGGAUCUGUCACGUCAGUAGAUCGUCUUUCUCCGCCUUCUUCUAUAUCAGUAUCUCGAUUAUCAGAUAGUGACAUUUCUGAGCUUGAUUUUGAUGAAGGACUUCCUAUUACAAGAAGAGAAAGUCGAAUUCCUACUGGUGAUGGUAGCAGCAGUAUUAGUUCAGUGAGAAGUAGUCCAACAUUAGUAGGGGAAGACAUAAUAACUGUCACAGAAAGACGCUCUAGACGGGACAUGUGGCCUGAUGAUAGAAGAAGAUCUAGUACUGUCCAUCCAAGAGAUUUAUAUUCAUAUGAAGGACCUGAAAGAAAGGAGCCUAUGUCCGGAGUUGAGUUUCCUCCCAGAAUGUCAAGUAGAGUGAGGUCGCGAUCUGUGGUGCCUGACGACGGGUCUGUGACACGAUCAAGAUCAUCCACAAGAAGAUUGACAGAGGGUGGACUUUCUCGGUCGUCGUCACCUCCUGAUCAUAGCAGUGGACUGGUUGGUCGACAUCCAUCGGGAACACCUUCACCCAAGAAAAGGCAACUUCCUCAGAUUCCUCCAAAACGAGCUACGAGGGAUCAAAUGACCCUUGAACUAGAAGAAAGAGCCAGACAGAUGAAACUAAAAAUGCAGAGGAAGCCUGAUGGUAUAUCCACUAUGAUCGUGUCAGACAGCGAAGUAUCACCCCGCCAUAUGGACAAGCAGUUCAACGUUCAUCCCCAUCCACCCCCUCGAAGCACCCGUCUACCGCCCCACCCUCCUACGGCCUCUUCAAGCACCCGAAUACGAGGCUCAAGCACAUCCGCCACAGGGGCCGAAGGACACGAGAAGGAUGUAAAUGUCACCACUGCCCUUGAGAGCGAUGGAUCCGAAACCAGCUCAGUCUCAAAAUACAGCGUCACUAGUGCCUUUUCUUCUCAGUCUGAGCAUCCCAGGGGCAGUAGAACGUUGAAGGAAUUCACGUCUCCAACGCCUGGCUACGGUCCUGUCCACCCACCCAGACCAUCCCGUGGAACCUUGAAUCGAAGCAACAGCGAUGGCGCAGCGAAUGGCAAAACUAAUAACGGAAGUCUUUCUGAUACAGCUAUAGGAGCGACAGUUGAUCAAGGUGCCAAACAAGGACAGCAAGGGACCACUUCUGGAGGUAAAAUUACGCAGUUCGGAGGAUUGUCCGCCAAAAGAAGCAACAGCACGUCCCAACUCAGUGUUUCGGGUCAUAAAAAGAGAAUGGGAUUCCGAAAGAAAAAAUCAUCAACCAUUAACGUCCAUCGUAGUGAAGAAGUUGCCCCGCUGGAAUGCCGUCAUUUAGUAAAACAAGCCAGCAGUGUGUCGUCAGACGGCGAGGGAAGUCUCAGUGGUGACAGCUCAGUGUGGUUACCAUCAAUCAGACUAGUUCCAGAAGGAGAAUUUUCCAACUUCGUAGAAGGACUUGGUUUGGGACAACUAGUUGGAAGGCAAGUACUAGCCUCUCCGAGCUUGGGUGAUAUUCAACUAAGUCUUUCAGAUCGAAAAGGAAAUUUAGAAGUAGAAGUGAUAAGAGCGAGAUGCUUACAGCCUAAACCAGGAGCAAAAGUACUGCCAGCGCCUUAUGUUAAAGUAUACCUCGUAAAGGGGAGAAAGUGCAUUGCAAAACAAAAAACUGCAAGUGCCAGAAAGACACUGGAUCCUCUGUACCAACAACAGCUAACAUUUCAUGAAGAUUACCGAGGAUGUGUACUACAGGUUACUGUGUGGGGCGAUUAUGGACGGAUGGAAAAGAAAGUAUUCAUGGGAGUAGCUCAAAUAAUGUUAGAUGAAUUGGACCUUUCAAAUUUUGUGAUCAGUUGGUAUAAACUAUUUCACCAUUCCUCAUUGGUCAACCUUCCAGCUAGCGUGCCACAAAGUUCUAUCGUAUCCGUGGAUAGCUUUGGCUGACUAAAGCAUUCCUUAGCCUUUUCUAGAGAAAAUCUGAUGUUUCAAAGUGCCACAUGUGCUGCUGGGUGAAUGGAAACUCGGCAGUCUCUACAACUCCAAGAAAUCUCUGCACAGAUGCCCGUACCGUCAUUUCCAAUGGGAAGAGUGCCUGAUGUUAUGUCAAAUAUAAAUAUUCCUCGUCAUGACUUACUUUACUCUUUCUUCAAAAACAAAUGUUCAUAUUUUAUACCCACAGCGCAAACUUCUUAUUGUGCACGUUUACUGUGUAUCACUCACUCAGGACGUCGCUGAUACAUAGGGGUCCAGUAAAAGAAUCAAAAGACCCAUUUCAAAAACUCAUCAAAUAAUGCCAAAGCUCUAAUAUCUGAAAAUUAUUUGCCAAAAGAACAAAGUUGUGUCGCUAUCUUCGAAAUAGAAAGGAGAUGAUCUUGUUCAUUACUUGAACACAGCGCAUUAGGUAAAGUUGCCAAGAUUUCAGGCCAUUAUUUCUAAACAGCAGGUUUGCGACUUAGUAUUAUAAUCUAGGUAUGGAAGAGAACAUUUUUCCUCUAUUUUUUCUUUUUUCAAGUUUUUAUACACUUCCUUGUGUCAAAGAAUUCCGUACUAGUUUGGAAAGAAAGUAGAGAAAAUGAUACACAACAAGUAGCCAGUCAAAAACAUAACAGCUUUUAAAUUUUCAAAAGUAUGAAAAGAAGCAUUUUUUCUAAUAUUUAAAUUUUUACUGAAUGAGCAGUGAGAUCUACUGACAAGGCAACAUUAAUAAAUAUUUAAAGCUAGAUUUUUAAUUAGUUAAAAAUGGCACAUUCUUCAUUUCGUCAGAAUCAUUGAACUCACAUUAUGUUAAACUCUAUGUAUAUAAUAUAUAUAUAUACUAUAUGUAUAUCAAAUUACUUUUGUAACUUUUGAAUAAUGUUACAAAAAAAGAGUCAAAGAUUUUAAUGCUAUAUCUAAAAGAUAAGUUUCACUUAUGUUAAAUUCAAUUACUUAGUGUGAGAGGUACUUCAAAGAGAGAUUAUGCUUACAUAUUUUCUUUAAAAAGAAAAAUUUCGUUUAUCCUCUCAUACUAAGUGGAUCUUUUAUAUAUACAUAAUUUUUAAUAUCAUUGUUGUGUUUUAAAGAUUUACAUUUUGUAAGACUGAUUCAAGUGCUACAGUUGGCCUUGAAUACGUUUGUAUUGAUACACGGAUUUAGAGAGAAUGCUCCGGGAAGCCAAAAAGAAUCCCUUCAAACCUGACAUCUAUCUGUGAAUAUAUCUGUCUAAGCUCAUGGUGGCUACCGUAUCAUAUCAUGUUACAUUUUUUUCAUUGCAGAUUAUAUAUAAUGCGACUGCAGUUGCAACAUCUGUUGUUACAGCUUUUUUGGCUGUUCUCUUCAACAAGAAGUUUGUUAUACGCUUAUAUUUUAAAAAGUAUGUUAUUGAUAUGUUUUGAUGAUUACAAUAAUUCUAUUAUAACCAUCAUAUCAAUAAUGCAUGCUACUACAUCGAUUAUUACAACUAUUCUAUUAAACUAAAUUAAAUUUUCGU